UCGAUGGGACAUUCUCUUUAUGGUUCAAGAAUACCGACACGUGAUUUCUCAAUGACACUUAAUGAUCACCAUAUUCGCUCUUUUUUGAAUAAUGAUGCUCUUAACAAGAUAAGCAUCUUUAUUCCCUCCCUUGCUAUAAGUAGCAUCCCUCUCCUUCUCAUUAAGUGCCUCACACAAGUUCCUCAACAACUUAAUUGAACUCCAUUCUCCUCCAAAUUUCUCUCUCUCUCUCUCUUAUGGGGACUACUGGAGGAGGGUGGAUGGUGCUGUGGGUGGUGGCGUGCAUGGUGCUGUAUGGAGGGACCACCACGUCGUUGGCGGGCGGGGUCGUCGAAGGACAGGAACCAUCGCGGCAAGUGCAAGAGCAAUGUGGGUUCACGAGGUACCCAGCACUGUGCGUCCGGACCUUGGCGGGAUCCGGUUCGGCCGACAUUCUCUCUGCUCUUGUCAACAAGACCAUCCUCGAGACCAAUCUCCCUCCCUCCUACUUCGCCCAGAUCACCUCCCUCUCCGAGACCCAGGGAGCUCAAGCUCAACAUGCAAAAGCUGUCACAGAUCACUGCGAAGACGCCAUGACCCUCUCUCUCAGGAGGCUCGAGCAGUCGCGUGAAGCCCUCAGAGAGCCAGGGAAGAACAAGGCCGACGUCCAGACAUGGCUCAGCGCCGCGAUGACACUUCAAGAUUCGUGCAAGGACUCGGCCCGGGGCGUCGGUCCUCUCAGUCUCUCGGGCACGCCGGCGGCUCGCUUGUCCCAGAAGAUGGACUACCUCGCUCAGCUCACCAGCAACGCUCUGGCCCUCGUCAAUCGGAUCACUCACAGACGAAAGCCGGGGAAGACCGAUAAAGACAGGGACGCCAGCGAGACACGGGGUUUUCCGAACUGGGUGUAUAAGAGAGAUAGGAGGUUGCUUCAGAGCACGACGGAGAAGGCGAACGCGGUGGUCGCGAAGGACGGCACCGGGAAUUACGAGACCGUCUCGGAGGCGAUCCAGGCAGCUUCGGGCGGGCGGUUCGUGAUCUACGUGAAGGCGGGGGUUUACAAGGAAAAGAUCGUCGCCAACAAAGACGGGAUCACGUUGAUCGGAGACGGGAAGUAUUCUACGAUCAUCACCGGUGAUGAUAGUGUGGCUGGGGGUUCUUCCUUGCGUGGCUCUGCUACAUUCACAAUCACCGGCGAUGGAUUUAUAGCCCGAGACAUCGGGUUCCAAAACACAGCGGGGCCCCAAGGUCAACAAGCUGUCGCCCUAACCGUGGCCUCCGAUCACGCGGCAUUCUAUAGGUGCAGCAUCGCGGGCUACCAGGACACAUUGUACGCGCUCGUACUCCGCCAGUUCUACCGUGAGUGCGACAUCUAUGGCACCAUAGAUUUUAUCUUUGGGAACGCAGCUGCCGUCUUCCAGAACUGUGAGCUGGCGUUGCGAAAGUCUGACUCAGCCUAUACCGUGAUCCUCGCCAACGGGCGCAGUGACCCGGGCCAGAACACUGGGUUCACAAUCCAGGGCUGCCGCAUCACCUCGGACGCCGGCUCGGGCAGCUCCUACCUAGGGAGGCCAUGGAAGUACUAUUCUAGGGCAGUGGUCAUGCAAUCCACCAUUGAUGGUGCAAUUGCUGCUAGGGGCUGGAUUGAGUGGCCAGGCUAUGGAAGCUCAGUGCUCAAGACACUCUAUUUUGCUGAGUAUGCAAAUCAGGGACCCGGUGCUGGGACCUCAGGGAGGGUUCAAUGGCCUGGUUUCCAUCUGAUUGGGCCUGAAGAAGCUAUGCAAUUCACUGUUCAGAGCUUGAUUUCUGGGAAUUCAUGGCUGCCUUCAACCGGUGUGGCCUUCACCUCUGGCCUCUAGGGAAGAAAAACUUCAUGUGAAAAUAUUCCAAUGCGAUAGUUUCGGAGAAUCCGAUGUUGUAAAGCUAUGUAGCACAAGUAAUUAGUGUUAAAGGGUCUUCCUAACCCAGUGCAGCAAUGGUAUUUGUUAAGCUUUGUCGAUUAAGAAUAAAUUAGGGUGUACUUUAAGAAGUUGUAAUUGAGCCAAAUGUAAAAUGAUUUCACAUGCCGCAAUAAAAUCAUUUGAAAGUGCCUGAGAGAAUUCAAUGUA